AUGGCUUUCGUAUUUAGAACUGUGGCCCAAUUAGCUGGAAUGUCGUUAUCUUUGCUGGGGUGGGUUUUAGCCUGUCUCACCAACUACCUGCCGCACUGGAAGAACCUGAACCUGGACCUGAAUGAGAUGGAGAACUGGACCCUGGGCCUGUGGCAGGCCUGCGUCGUCCAGGAAGAGGUGGGGAUGCAAUGCAAGGACUUCGACUCCUUCCUGGCCCUGCCCAUGGAGCUCCGGGUCUCCAGGGUCCUGAUGUUCCUGUCCCACGGGCUGGGGCUCCUGGGCCUGCUGGUCUCGGGGUCUGGGCUGGACUGCCUGAGAGUCGGAGAGAGACAGCGAGAGCGGAAGAAGCGGCUGCUGAUCCUGGGAGGGGUCCUGUUCUGGACGGCGGGCGUCGGGGUCCUGGUGCCAGUCUCCUGGGUCGCCCACGUGACCGUGCAGGAGUUCUGGGACGAGACCCUCCCGGAGGUUGUGCCCAGGUGGGAGUUCGGGGAAGCCCUCUUCCUGGGCUGGUUCGCUGGGUUUUGUCUCCUCCUCGGGGGGUGCCUGGUGACCUGGGCCGCCUGCUGCACCCAGGCUCCGCUGGCUGCGGGCCAGUACCCGGCGGCAGAAACGCAGCAUCUCCGUCACCCCCUGGAGAUGAAAAACACUCGGCUGACAGUCUAA